AUGGCUUUGCCGUCGACAGAGCUGGGCCUCGAUAUCGUGCACGAAGUCGACGAGAUAAACCUCCGAGUCUCGUCUUCGGUCCUCUGUCUCGUCAGUCCCGUCUUCUCCGCCAUGCUCGGAAGCCCCAUGGCCGAGGGCGAAGCGUUCCGAGCUCGCGACUCGCCACGCCCCUUCCCAAUCACCCUGCCCGAAGACGACGGCAAGGUCUUUGCCAUUCUUGCAAACGUGAUCCACCACCGCGCCGAUGCCAUCCCGUUCCUGCCGGCGACGGCUGACUUGCUCUCGCUAGCCGGCCUGGUUGACAAGUACGACUGCGCGCCUGCCUUGAUGCCCUACGGCGUCUUGUGGCUGCAGCGAGCUGCCGAGCGUCGGGAAGACCCCGAAUAUGCCGGUCUGCUCGGCCGCUGCAACUUGCUCCUCUUUGCAUACGUUCUCGAUCUGCCAAUGCAGUUCGCCCAGCUGAGCUGGGAUAUUCUCCUGAUGCACCGCCAGCUGCUGAAGGAUGAGACCGAGUACGGCCUGGAGCUGCCGAUUCCUCCAGACCACGAGCUGUUACGUCAUGACCUUCACGGUACGUAUUUGAGUUUUGUGUCUGAGAAGUCCAAGCCAGUCAAUGAUGGCAUGCGAGGGGGAUAG